AUGAACGUAACAUCGAAUGCAACAGCAGCCGGAACCUUCCCGUUAGCAUUUGGUUUGAAGACCUCAUUUGGAUUUAUGCACUAUGCCAAGGCACCCGCCAUUAAUUUACGCGUCAAGGAAUCUUUCCUGCCGGAGAUGAGUGAUGGCGUUUUGGCCCUAGUUGCACCUGUCGUAGCCUACUGGGCAUUGUCUGGUAUAUUCCAUGUAAUAGAUACUUUUCAUCUGGCUGAGAGGUACAGAAUUCAUCCCAGCGAAGAGGUUGCUAAGAGGAAUAAAGCUUCCAGGUUGCAUGUUUUCCUUGAAGUGAUCUUGCAACACAUCAUCCAAACGAUGGUUGGUCUCAUCUUUUUGCACUUUGAACCCACUUACAUGACUGGGUUUGAGGAAAACGCCAUGUGGAGGCUUCGUGCGGAUCUCCCUCGAAUCAUUCCAGAUGCAGCUAUUUACUAUGGCUACAUGUACGGAGUAUCUGCCGUGAAGGUAUUUGCUGGCUUUUUAUUCGUUGACACAUGGCAGUACUUCUUGCAUAGAUUGAUGCACAUGAACAAGACCUUGUAUAGAUGGUUCCAUUCUGUUCAUCAUGAGCUAUAUGUCCCAUAUGCUUACGGUGCUCUUUUCAACAACCCUGUGGAAGGUUUUUUACUAGAUACUUUGGGAACCGGUAUUGCCAUGACGUUAACCCAUUUGACUCACAGAGAGCAGAUCAUUCUGUUCACUUUUGCCACUAUGAAAACGGUAGAUGAUCACUGUGGGUAUGCCUUGCCACUUGACCCAUUCCAAUGGCUCUUCCCCAACAAUGCUGUUUAUCAUGAUAUUCAUCAUCAGCAGUUCGGUAUUAAGACUAACUUUGCCCAACCAUUUUUCACUUUCUGGGACAAUUUGUUCCAGACGAACUUCAAAGGUUUUGAAGAGUACCAAAAGAAGCAAAGACGUGUCACCAUCGACAAGUAUAAGGAGUUUUUACAGAAAAGAGAAUUGGAAAAGAAGGAAAAACUCAAGAACUUUAAAGCUAUGAACGCUGCUGGAAAUGAAGUAAAGAAAGAACAGUAA